AUGUCCUCGAUGGGGAUGCAGCUGUUGGCCAGCGCCCUGUGCCUCCUGGGUUGGGCAGGGGUCAUCUUUACCUGCCUACUGCCCAUGUGGCGGGUCUCAGCCUUUGUGGGAACCACCAUCAUCACCUCCCAGACCAUCUGGGAGGGCAUCUGGAUGAGCUGCGUGGUCGAGAGCACAGGGUUGAUCCAGUGUAACCCUUACCACUCUGUCCUUGCUCUCAGCGGAGACCUACAGGCCGCCAGGGGUCUCACCGCCCUCGCCAUCGCUACAGGCGGCGCAGGUCUCAUUCUGGCCUUCAUUGGAGGGAAGUGCACUCGCUUUUUGGAUGGUGAAGGAGGCGGGGUUAAGGGCAAGAUGGCUGUAGCAGCAGGGGCAGUUUUGAUUUUCACAGGGCUGCUGUGUUUGAUUCCCACAGUGUGGGCGGCCGGGUCCGUGGUGAGCGAGUUCUACAGCGUCUCCACAGAUGCUCAGCGGAGGGAGAUUGGAGCCUGCCUCUACAUCGGCUUGGGAGCGUCCAUCCUGCUUAUUCUGGGAGGCAGUUUGUUCAUCAGCUCAGCAUGCCCCAUCAAAGACCACACAGCAGACAAGAGCCCUUCUGUCCGCUACAUGGUGGUCCGCUCCUCCAACGGGUCCACCCAGGCAGGUUCUCAGCACAGCAGACUAGCACCAGCAACAUCUCAGCCUAUCAGAGCCGUGUUUUCCAGGUCUCAAAGCUAUGAUGGAGCUUUAACAAAGCUUCCACUGUACACAAGGCCUUCCUGGGGGGAAGGGCAAGAGCAAGGCUUGAGGAUGGAGUCAGAAAGAUCAUGGGCCCCAUCAACAAAGUCUCAGAUGAAAAGACCGGAGUCGACAAAAUCUGAAUACAGUGAGGCGCUGUCUCAGCAGAGAAGAGCAGAAAUGGAAGAGAAUUUAUCAGUCGAAGGUGAAAAUGAGGAUGGGUCCUCAAAUCCAGCGACGAGUACAUACAUAUAA